CUGCACUAACGGGGCGAGCCGUGUAGCCCGUCGUUGCUGCAGUACUCGAGCAGUGGAACAGCAGCUGCAGCAUCGUCGCUGGAGGCUCGCUACCUCCGGAUCGGGCAAACACGUUCAGCGCGUAAAUUACAAUAAAGCGCAUAAGCGCCCUGAAAUCAGCAAUGGCCUCGUCCGCUAGCGGAGCGGAGGAAGUCCGCGUGUCAGUAUUAACGCCUCUGAAGUUGGUUGGAUUGGUUUGCAUUUUCCUCGCGCUAUGCCUGGACAUCGGGGCCGUUCUCAGUCCUGCAUGGGUCACCGCGGACAACCAGUACUAUUUGUCUCUGUGGGAUUCAUGCUGGAAACCAGCGGCAUCGGAUACCUGGCGUUGCAGCAGCACGUUCGGGUCGGAGUAUGCAAGAGACUGGCAGAUUGCCACGCUGGCCCUGUUGCUGGGUGGGGCCGCCCUCAUUCUCUUCUCUUUCCUGGUGGGGCUGGUGUCCGUGUGCGUCGGGUCCCGGAGACGCUUCUACAGGCCCGUCGCUGUGAUGCUGUUUGCUGCAGUGGUACUCCAGGUGUGCAGUCUGGUUCUCUACCCAAUCAAGUUUAUCGAGACCAUCAGUCUACGAAUUUACCAUGAAUUUAACUGGGGGUACGGUCUGGCGUGGGGUGCCACCAUCUUCUCCUUUGGAGCGGCCCUGCUGUACUGCCUGAACCCCAAGAGCUACGAAGACUACUACUGACCCUGAGCGUACCCACAAUGCACCCCCCCCCCUUUCUUUUACACACAGCUGUCUGUGAUAGCAACCCCCAAACCCUGAGCUUUCUCUGCAGAACUGACCGUCCUAGUAAAGAAAUGGUUUCUGCAGAAAUGAUCCAACCACAACAGUGACACAUUUCCUACAGAGUGGAGCACUCCAAGAACACCAGAGCCCCAUGCAGAAAUGACCAUCUUUACAAAGACAUUUUAUGUUUAUUUAAAAUGUUCUGACAUCUAGGGUUUUUGCAGAAUUGAGUAUCCAAGCAUGCACAUGUUCUCUGCUGACCUGUAAAUUCUCUCACACACACAAACCUACACACACACACACACACACACACACACACACUCACUCACUCACACAAAUUCAGACACACACUGCCGAACUGGACAUUGUAACGUACAUCAUAUCUGUGCAGAACUGAACAUUCUAACAGACAUAGUCUACCUCUGCAGGACUGCUCUUCCUAAGGAAAACACUGUCGCUGUAUAAAUCCUAAGACACGCAGCAUCUGUACACACGGGCCUGCAGUAUAUGGACUACAGAACCAUCUGACCCAUGCACACACACUUUUCUCUCUAGUAUUCUGUGUCUGUCUGACAGACGCACACCCACACACACACACAAUUUUCUUACUCUGUACAGAGCUGACCGUCCUUACAAAGCUGGUCUUCGAAUGACUGAUCAUCCAGCCGCUCGCACACACACACACACACACACACGCACACACACAAACACAUAAUCUUUAUUAAUACGGUCUUUCUACAGUUAAAACAAUCUCAUUAAUUAAACUGUACUAUACUAUGUAAAAACAUACCCAGUAGUCCAGAGUGGAGCUUUGAUGCUCUGGCUGUAGAUUCUAAGUUAUAGACUGUGUUUUUCUGACUCUGUAUAUCAUUUUAAAAACCAUCAGAGAUGUUUGUGGCAAAGGCUCAUGGGAUACUACUACUAUUUGUGUUAAUGUCUGGUGACCAUGGAAACCUCUUGUAGAGAUGAGAUGUCAUGGGGCUGCAAGCUUACUGAAGAUCCUGUAACUAGUUAAACAAGAGAAUGGAGCUCUGUAACCAAUCAGACCUGACUACAGAGCCCUGUAACCAAUCAGACCUGACUGCAGAGCCCUGUAACCAAUCAGAUUUAUUGCUGGAGCUCUGGAACCUAUCAUACACGACAGUAACAGUGGGUUAUUUUAAGGCUGCGUAUGCUAGAUUUUAUGGAUGAACUGGAGGAAUUGCGAAUCUGUGUUGUUUCAAGUGUACAGUAACACAACAUUUAUCACAGGUGUUUUGACUACCAUCACUAAAAACUUUGCAUUUCGGUACAAAGAAUCCAUUCCUGAUGAAUCCUAAAGAGAAUCUAAGAUUGUCUGAGUUGAAUGUUUAGCUGCACUCAGGCAGCCUGACCCAUAGGAGGACAGUCAAACCCAGGGUAUAGUUGUUGGACCAUUUGUUGGACCAAUCAGGUGCUGUCUAGAAGUCCCGGAGAGAAUGUGAAAGCAUGAUAACCAAUCACUGGCUUGUAUAAGAUGUACAGAAGUUUCUUUCAGUUUCUUAAACUGAUGAGUUUUCUGCC